UCGGCGCGGCGGUGGCGGGGAGCGGUGCGGCGGGACGAUGAGCGACAGCGGGGAGCAGAACUACGGCGAGCGGGAAUCCCGUUCUGCUUCCAGAAGCGGAAGUGCUCAUGGGUCUGGCAAGUCGGGGAGACACACCCCUGCAAGAUCUCGAUCUAAGGAGGAUUCCAGGCGUUCCAGGUCAAAAUCUAGAUCCAGGUCUGAAUCCAGAUCUAGAUCAAGGAGGAGUUCCCGUAGACACUACACAAGAUCACGCUCUCGUUCCCGCUCUCAUAGGAGAUCCAGAAGUAGGUCUUACAGUCGGGAUUAUCGGCGACGACACAGUCACAGCCAUUCACCCAUGUCUACUCGCAGACGUCAUAUUGGAAACAGGGCAAACCCUGACCCAAAUUGUUGCCUUGGUGUGUUUGGAUUGAGUCUGUACACCACAGAAAGAGAUCUGAGAGAAGUUUUCUCCAAGUAUGGUCCAAUUGCUGAUGUUUCCAUUGUGUAUGAUCAGCAGUCUCGGCGUUCAAGAGGAUUUGCAUUUGUGUACUUCGAAAACGUUGAGGAUGCUAAGGAAGCAAAAGAACGUGCCAAUGGAAUGGAGCUGGAUGGAAGAAGAAUCCGGGUGGACUUCUCCAUAACAAAAAGACCUCACACACCUACCCCUGGAAUCUAUAUGGGAAGACCCACUUAUGGCAGCUCACGACGACGAGAUUACUAUGACAGAGGGUAUGAUAGAGGGUAUGAUGACCGCGACUAUUACAGCAGAUCAUACAGAGGGGGUGGUGGCGGCGGAGGAGGAGGAUGGAGAGCUGUUCAAGACAGGGAUCAGUUUUACAGGAGGAGAUCACCAUCCCCGUACUACAGCCGAGGGGGCUACAGAUCUCGAUCCAGAUCUCGAUCCUAUUCACCUCGUAAGUAG